UUUAUUAUCGAAGUAUCAUUAAAAAAGAGAAUUUUGAUAUGUGUUAGUUGCGUGUCUUAAUGGUGUGGCCACUACGAAUGCCGGCGAAGAGGCCUUUAGGCCGGCAGGUCAAUGACAUCGCCGGCACUUCUUGUGCUCUCUCUCUUCCUCGUUUGCUCCGUCUUCGGAAUGAUUUCGGUACAAACAGGUCAUGACAACAAUUCAAAACAAAAUAAUAUUGUUGUUAAUAAUUCAUUAAUUAAAGAAGUAAAUAAAAUGAAAAAUCUAACAAUGGAAACUAUAAGGACCAAAAUACUAGAUAAUAGAUAUGUAAGCUUUGAUGAAAAUAUCGAAGAAUUGAGAAGUAAUUUUACAUACAAAUAUGACGAUAUAUACACUGCCGAUGAUGAUCUUUUAUAUAGUAAACUUAAUAUAAAUAAAUCAUUACAUAAUAUAAGUGAUAAACGAAGUAUUGUACGAAGAAAUGAAGGGAGUAGAAGUUUAAGAGAGAUUCUAAGACCAAGGAGACGAUUUAAACGAGAAGAAGAUUCAGAAAGAUGUGAAACAUUUCAUUACCAAAAAGAUAGAACGCAAAUAAGUCAUCCGUAUUCAAAAAACGACACAAACAAAUUGUAUUAUGGUGACAUAGAUUGUACGACUACAAUUGAAGGUCCUGAAGGAAGUGUGAUAAAAUUAACAUUUGUUGAUAUUUUUCACAUAGAAGACCAUCCUGAUUGUGCUUAUGAUUUCUUAGAAAUACGCGAUGGUGAGAAAGGAUAUUCAAACAGUCUCGGCAAGUUUUGCGGCGAGAACUUUCCACCUCAAAUUACCACAACGGGACCCUUCGCCUGGCUAAAGUUUCACUCUGACGGGACGAUAGAAUAUGAAGGUUUUCAUAUAACUGUAGAGAUUAUACAAUCACCUAGCAACAGUCAUAAAAUACCCGAUAGCUGUUUUAAAAACUUGACUGGUCCAGAAGGAUAUGUUAAUACGACAAGUAUUGAUGAGAAUUGCAAACGAGGCAGCGAGGGCCAUCCGUUAGAUGUACUGUGGAGGAUUGAAACCGACGAAAAUACUAAGAUAUAUCUCAACUUUACGGGAUACAGUUUAAACAAACCAAAUGAAUGUGAACAAAAUGCAGUACAAGUUUUUGGGUAUAAAACCGAGGAGAAAUACAGAUUGGCGUAUUAUUGUGGUUCAAUAGCUAAUCCUGUUACAACUAAAGAUACGGAAGGCAAUGAAAAAGGAAACAUAAUGCACGUUCGUUUGUACGCAACUAGUUCGGGAAAGAACUCAGAAUUUAGCGCAAGGUAUACAGCGUUUAGAAGCUUAGAUCCGAAUAGAGACGAGAAAUGCAGCGCGACGGAAUUCCAUUGCGGUGACAAUACGUGUAUAAACGCGGGACUCGAGUGCGACGAUUACGCUCACUGCAGAUUGAAAGCGGACGAGGAAAACUGUAAGCACACGACUGAAUCAAUGAUUAGCAAGUUACACAUUAUAGUAAUUCUAGUUAUAUUUUCAUUGAUACUGUCAGGAAUGAGUUUUGUAUUCGUAUUUAAAUGUAUUAGAAAAUUAUAUCAAGACCAUAAAAUAAUUAAGGAACAUAUCAGACAAUCUUGCGAAGAUAGAUUGGACAGUUUAGUCAGCAGUCGACUGACACUCGACGCUAAACGGUUGCAAAGAGACAGCGAACCGCGAGCGAGUCUCGAAAGAGAGAACCAUACUAAUGAAAUGUAUAAAAAACAACGAAAGUAUUCACAACGCAAGCAAAGCAGUAUUGAAUCAGAUUUCGUACAAGAAACACAUUUAGAUAUGGACGAAGAGAUCUGGCGUAAAGAUGUCAGUAGCGUUCCAAUUCAAACUGAAGAUGUUCAUAUAGAACGGAAUGGGAGAUCAAGGAGAAGUGAUUUGAGUAGGAAAGAAGAGUCAAUUAGAAGUAGAACAAGAGAAAGCGAAGAGAGGAAAGAGAUCAGAGACGUGUCAGUUGGCGCGCCGGAUACAAAAGAAUCUGGAUGUCAGACGAGAGAAAGUUUAUUCCAGGACGCUCCUCUUAGCUCUGAUGGUUCUGGUACAACAAAUAGCAGAGGUUUCUCGACCUUCGGUUACUCAGGUGCCACAAUCGUCAGGCCGUCCUCACCGCCGACACAAACGAACACCUCACAAAUUACUAUAGAACUUCUCAAACAAAAGCCACCGAAACAAGAUUCCAAACAACUAAAGAAAAUCUCCGACCGUCGUCCGAUAAGUGCGGAGACAACACGAUCAGCCCCUGACGUUAUAAUAGUCUCCAAACCGAUUCGCUGAGGCUGACAUUUGGGGCCCCCACCGUGGGCCCCAACUCCGCCAGAUUGCUGGCCCCAUCCUAAGGAACCGAGGACAUGUCCUGAAGGUUCCUAUCAACCGUACGGGUGCAAAGACGAUUAUUGUAGUGACAACUUUGAUAAUUACGAAGGUUAUUACAGUCAUCAUUUUCUCGAAGGACCAAAAUAUGAAUAUUGUUUGAAAAGUGAUUUUAAUUGUAGUAAAUCGAAAACUUUACCAAGAAAUUUAGGUUCGUCUGUUGAGUCAAAGACUAAAGUGCAUCCUCAUCGAAGUGUUUAUUUCUACGGCAUAGAUGAAGAGCCAUGUACGAGAUCGACUAAAACGAUAUUAGUCAAAGCGGAUAUUGAAGUACCUAGAUAACAAAUAAAAUCAUCCCUAAAUCUAGGCAUGUGAUAAGAUAGAUAAUAAACUUUUUUUUU